GCCAUGGUGAACCCCGGCGGCAGCUCGCAGCCGCCCCCGGUGACGGCGGGCUCCCUCUCGUGGAAGAGGUGCGCCGGCUGCGGGGGGAAGAUCGCCGACCGCUUCCUGCUCUACGCCAUGGACAGCUACUGGCACAGCCGCUGCCUCAAGUGCUCCUGCUGCCAGGCCCAACUGGGGGACAUCGGCACCUCCUGCUACACCAAGAGUGGCAUGAUCCUCUGCAGGAACGACUAUAUCAGGUUAUUUGGAAAUAGUGGUGCUUGCAGUGCCUGUGGACAGUCCAUUCCUGCUAGUGAGCUGGUCAUGAGGGCACAGGGCAAUGUCUAUCAUCUUAAGUGUUUUACAUGCUCUACCUGCCGGAAUCGCCUGGUCCCUGGAGAUCGGUUUCACUACAUCAAUGGCAGUUUAUUUUGUGAACAUGAUAGACCUACAGCUCUCAUCAAUGGCCAUUUGAAUUCACUUCAGAGUAAUCCACUACUGCCAGACCAGAAGGUCUGCUAAAAGGUCAGAGUAAUGCAGAAUGCGUGCCUUCAUCUCAAAUUUUGUUCAUCACAGAUGGAUCCCAUGUCUCCAAGUAGACAAGUCACCUUUGUAGCUAGCAUCAAUGCCAGCUUCA